UUUCUAUAUGUAUUUGGUAUUUCUUUAGUAAAAGCGAAGAAUAAAACAGAUUAUUACGAUGAGUACGUGCCUCGUGUUGUAAACGGGAAACCGGGCCAGCUCGGCGAUGUGCCCUAUCAGGUAGCGUUUAAGGCACUAAUCAGACGGUCGCGAAUAUAUACCACAUUCUGCGGAGGUACAAUUAUCGGACCGUUGAAACUUCUAUCGGCAGCCCAUUGCUUCUCUGGGAACCCAAACGUUUGUCAGAAACUUUGCGGUGGUGGCGGGACUCCGAAAACAUUGUCCCAUAAAUACGCAGUAGCUGGGAAUUUGAGGAAUCGUGGCUACUAUCAGGAAUUUGACAGCGAAACCAAUGGUCAAUGGAGACAAAUGAAAAAGGUCGUUUAUCCUUCGACAUACGCCUUUCCAAAAGACGACAUCGCUCUUGUUUUCUUAUUCAAACCGUUUGUGUAUAACUCUUAUGUCAAUUAUAUUCCGUACGCAACUCGUCUAACGGACUAUCACGGAUCAUGUUUAGUAUCUGGAUAUGGCAGAAUUUCGGAAAAGGCGACAUCUGACAAGCUUCUGCUAGCAGAUUUGACCCUUAUCCCUAUGGUUAGAUGCAAUCGAAUGCAUAAAAGAAACAUGCGAAGAUUUGUAUGUACGUCUAGUAGGUUCACUGAUGUUGGAAAGGGCGAUUCAGGCGGACCUUUAGUGUGCAUGAACACUGGAGACCCAAACGAGCAACCAGGAAAAGGAAUUCUCGUUGGCAUAGUCAGUGGACAUCGGUAUCACGUUGGAAGUUUCUUCACAAGAGUUUCGUCUUUUAGAAAAUAUAUAGAACGAAACAAGAGUCCACCUAGAGAGAGACACUGGAAAAAGUAA